AUGAAUGGGCUGGGCCGUGUGGGGUCCGCGCACCACAGCUUGAAAACAGCAGGACCGCGGGGCACGCUCUCUGGUGACGAAGCGGAGAGACAGAGGGGGAGAGGUGAGAGGUUGCACGGACUACCGCUGCUGCUGCUGCAUCGCUCCAUCCUGCCCCUGGAGCUAAUGGAAAAAACAAGGAGUGGUUCUGUGAUUCCCCACACGCAGCAGGAGCAGAGUGGGAGAGAAAGAGAUCGCGGGGAGGGGGGCGUUUCCCUGCACGGCUCUGUCUCUUCUAGCGCUGGAGCCGUGUGUAGCAUCUUCACUGGACAGCAUUUCACAACAGGCGCAACGCUCGUGGUGAAAACAGGAGACAUGUCCACAUGA